AAUGUCUAGUAAUAAUAUUAAUCAAGUUAUUAAUAAAUUUACUUUCCGCCCCAUCUUACAUAAAAUUAUCAGUUAUUAAGGAAGCUACAUAAUAACAACGAAAAAAAAUCUGAAUAAAUACAUAAACAGCAUAAAAUAUAAAACUUAACGACUAAGGUAAUUAUAACACAACAAGAACAACAAAAAAAUAAUGAAAUAAAAAAAAUUACAAGCGUGCAGUUGCGAUAAUAAAAUCAAAUCAUAAAAAACAAUUGAAUCCUUUCGUGUUGAAACGACAAGAAUAUUUAAGAAAAGUUUUUUAGUUAUAUUUAGUUAUUACUAUUACUGAAUGAAUACUGAAGUUGAUGUCAUGUUGUUAGUUGAGAGAAAUAUUUAUAAACGUUAUGAGUAUCAACUUUAACUUAGAGAACAUGAAAUUUGUUUAGCACUUUACUGAGAGAAUAUUUAAUUAUGCUUUAGUUUCCAUUUUACUAUUCAUGGCAGUUGAUGUUAAUUUGUUUGUUUGAAAUGAGAAAAUCAUAAGAAACAAAAACAAAAACAACUUCAAGUAUAGCCAAAAGCUUCAACUGAAAAUGAAUGCACAUAAAUUUUCACAGUUUUCCGCAAUUUUCUCAGUUGAUGAUUUUAUGAAAAUUUACAUCCCAAAGCAUGUUGCAACGUCAAAUUAAAUUUUCAUUUACGACAUAAGUGAAGCAUAAUUGCAAAACAGCAAAUGGGAAUUAAAUGAAUCGAGGAUAUAAUCAACAUGACAUCAUCAACAACUAUUUCUUGAUAUUUAUAAUCACUAAAACUAAAUAUUUAUCGAGCAAGCAUGAAAUUUUUUAAAUAAAAAUAAAAAAGAAAGGAACUGCCUUUGUUUUACCUUGGAUUUCCACUCUUCGUUAUCGGCACAGGUCGUGCA